AUGAAUAUAAGAUACUCAAUUUGUACGAUUUUCAAAUUACUUUUAUCACUUAGCGUGUUAUGCGUCCUCACAUUACUGUGGAAUGUUGGUUUAAUACAGUCGAAAUUGAAUGAUGCGCAAUUCGUCUUUGAAUGUGACUCAAAUGGCUGCUCAAAUGUGAAUAAUGAGAAAAUUGGUCAGGAAGAAGCGAAACGUUCUCUGGACGACGAUUUAAACUUGAGUUCCAAAAGUGCCAUCUUUGGUUACGAAAAUGAGAACGACAGCAACAAUGAUUACGUCAAAACUAUCUCUGUAUUUAAGGCUCCUUUGACAUUGGAUCAAUCGGCUGAUGCCCUUCUGGAAACGUCGUCAUGUGAGGCCGUUCGACGACGUGUUUUGAACAAUUUGUUGGAGCCAACUGAAACUGAACUGCAAUUCCCAAUUGCAUUCGCGCGUAUUGUUUAUAAGGAUUAUAUACUGCAAGAACUGCUCUUCAAGAUGCAAUACGCACCACAAAAUCGUUUCUGUUAUAUUCUGGAUAAGAAAGCCAGGCCACUUUUCAAGCAGCAAAUGCGCAAUCUAGCCAAUUGCUUUCCGAACGUAGUGAUUUUGGCUGAUCGACAGUGGACAGUUGACAGUGCUGGCCAUAAUAUGCUGAGUGCCUUCAUGGAAUGCCUUCGAUUAUUGCUACAGACGGAUUCUGAAUGGAAAUACGCUAUAACACUGCAGAAUCAUGAUAUUCCUCUGCGUACGGGUUUCGAAUUGGUGAACGCAUUGAAAGCGUUGAACGGAAGCAACGAUGUGAGCGUAUUGCAGGCGAUUCCAGAUCGUAUACCCAAAUAUGCGAAUUGGACGUAUAAAGCACUCCAUCUUUUCAAAGAUGAAUCGAAAAAUGAUUUACGGACAUUGGAAAUCACGAAAGGAAGUUCCACAUGUAGCCUAUCAAGAGCGUUCGUGGACUUCAUUGUGAACGAUCUGAAUUUGAAAACUUUCAUCCGUUUGUUCAAUCGAAUGCAUUACGGUGUUGAUGAGAUGUUGUUUGCAACGUUGCAGUCCAGCGAUGAACUUGAUGCACCCGGCGGAUACACAACAAAGUGUUUGGAAACUUUCGGAGGUUAUAUUACGAGGUGUGUAUAUUUGCAUCCAAUAUCAGUGCAUAAUUUUAGGCGUGUGAUUUGGCAAAAUCCAAAUCAGAAGCAGCAAGACCAACCAAUGCCUUGUAAAAGCGGCAUGGAACGUCACCGAGUCUGUAUAUUGGGGGUAGCUGAUCUGGCAGACUUGGACAGCUCGCGGUUCUUGUUCGCCAACAAGAUGAUGCCCGAAAUGGACUAUUCGGCCAUUUCCUGCUGGGCACAACGACUCCUGAAUCGUUCGCGGACGCAGGAACGGGAUGAAAGUCUCUUCGAUUCACAUUAUUAUUCACAUCUUGCGGUGGUCAGAUUCAAUCGAAAUCGACAAUUCUACCGCCGCAAUAUUGAAACAUUCCGGUGCUAG